CCCGGACAACCCCAUAGAGCUGGCCUUCCAGCCGCGCUACGGCAGCAUCGUCUCCUACCGCUGGUACGGUGAUGGCUACAUCCUGAUUGGCUUCUCCCACGGCUACUUUGUGGUGAUCUCCACCCACAUCCGGGAGAUCGGCCAGGAGCUGUACCAGGCGCACAACCACAAGGACAGCCUGACCAGCGUGGCCAUCUCCCAGUCCUUGAACAAGGCUGCGUCCUGUGGAGACAACAGCAUUAAGAUUCACGACCUGACGGAGCUCAAAGACAUCAGCAACAUUGUGCAUUUGGAUGACGAGACUAAAGGCCUGGACCAGCUGAACUGGACCGACGACGGGCAGCUGCUGGCCGUGUCCACCCAGAGGGGCACUCUGCACGUCUUCCUCACCAAGCUGCCCAUCCUGGGGGACAGCUGCGGCACGCGGCUGGCCUACCUCACCUCGCUGCUGGAGGUCACCGUGGCCAACCCGGUGGAGGGGGAGGCCCCAAUGGCCAUAGAGGUGGAGGUGGAGCCCACCUUCAUCGCGGUGGGGCCCUUCCAUGUCGCGGUGGGCAUGAACAACAGAGCCUGGUUCUACGCCUUGUUGGACCAGGAGGCGGGGUUCAGCCGGCUGAAGGACGUGGAGUACCUGGGGACCGUGGCCAGCAUGUGCCUCAGCGCCGACCACGCUGCCGCCCUGCUGGAGGGGAAGGUGCAGCUGCACAUGAUCGAAAGAGACGAGCAUGACGAGAAGAAGCAGAUGAAGCUGUUCCCCGAGGACGAGCGCACGCAGGGUCGCAUCCUCUGCCACGCCCUGACCGCCGACCUGCUGUACUACGGCACUGAUACGGGCACUGUGGUGUGUGUGUUGCUGGAGGACCAUCAGGCGCUGAGCAGCUAUAAGCACACGCUGGGCGUGAGGAAGGUGUUCCCGGACCCCAACGGCACCCGGCUCCUCUUCAUCGACGACAAGAACGGAGGCUUCCUGCUGUCGCCCGGCAACGCCACAGACUCGUGCGUUGAGCUGCCCAGCUUCUCCCCCACCAUCACGGGCGUGCUGUGGGAGAACUGGCCGGCCGAUCGCGGCGUGUUCGUGGCCUACGACGACGACAAGGUCUACACCUACGCCCUGCACAAAACCACCGUCCACGGCCCCCAGGUGGCCCUGGUGGGCAGCACGGCCCUGCCCUUCUCCCUGAAGCCCCUGCUGCUGUACAACGGAGAGCUCACCUGCCAGACGCCCAGCGGCAAGACCAGCGAGGUGGCCCUCAGCACCCACGCCUUCCUCAGGGCCCCCCCCGCCCCCGCCCCCGCCGCCGCCUCCGAGGGCCCCGCCGCGCUGGGGGCCCCGGAGAGGAGCGCGCUGCUGGCCCAGGCCCUGCUGCUCAAGAGGCUCCCCGAGGCCUGGGCCCUGUGUAAGGCUGGCGGGGGGGAGGAGGACUGGGCGGCCCUGGGGCGGGCCUGCCUGGUCCACAUGGAGGUGGAGCUCGCCCUCCAGGUGUUCCGCUCCAGCGGCAACGUGGGCAUGGUGCUGUCCCUGCAGGACAUCCAGGGUAUAGAGGACAGGAAUCUGCUUGCGGGACACUUGGCCAUGUUUCUGAACGACUACAACCUGGCACAGGACCUGUACCUCUCCUCUAGCUGCCCUGUGGCCGCCCUGGAGAUGAGGCGGGACCUGCUGCACUGGGACAGCGCCCUGCUGCUGGCCAAGAGGCUGGCCGAGGACCAGAUCCCCUUCAUCUCCCGGCAGUACGCCGCGCACCUGGAGUUCAUCGGGGACUACGUCAACGCCCUGGCCCACUACGAGAAAGGCCUGACCCAGGACGCCGAGUUCCAGGAGCACGACGAGGCGUGCCAGGCGGGCGUGGCCCGGGCGUCCAUCCGGAUGGGGGACAUCCGGAGGGGGGCGGCCCAGGCCAUCAAGCACCCCAGCAGGACCCUGAAGAAGGAGUGCGGGGCCAUCCUGGAGGGCAUGAAGCAAUUCUCAGAGGCGGCUCAGCUCUACGAGAAAGGCCAGUACUACGACAAGGCAGCCUCCGUGUACAUCCGCUGCAAGAACUGGGCCAAGGUGGGGGAGCUGCUGCCCCAGGUCAACUCCCCUAAGAUCCACCUGCAGUAUGCCAGGGCCAAGGAGGCCGACGGAAGGUAUAAGGAGGCCGCCCUGGCCUACGAGAGCGCUAAGGACUGGGACAACAUGAUCAGAGUGCUGCUGGACCACCUCAACAGCCCGGAGGAGGCGGUCCGCGUCGUCAGGGAAACGCAGAGCAUCGACGGAGCCAAGAUGGUUGCCAGGUUCUUCCUGAGGCUCAGUGAUUACGGCUCAGCCAUCCAGUUCCUGGUGUUGUCUCAGUGCAACGACGAAGCCUUCCAGCUGGCACAGCAGCACGGCCAGAUGGACGUCUACGCCGACAUCAUCGGCCCUGACGCCACCCAGGAGGACUACCACAGCAUCGCUCUGUACUUCGAGGGCCUGAAGAAGCACCUGGAGGCGGGCCGCUUCUUCCUCAAGUGCGGCCAGCACAGCAGGGCCCUGAAGCACUUCCUGCAGUGCCCCAAUGCUGAUGACAGCCUGGCCAUCGAGAUGGCCAUCGAGACGGUGGGCCAGGCCCAGGACCUGUCUCUGACCAAUCAGCUGAUUGAUUACCUCAUGGGGGAGAGUGACGGCAUGCCCAAGGACGCCAAGUACCUGUUCCGCAUGUACAUGGCACUGCAGAGGUACCAGGAGGCCGCCCGGGCCGCCAUCAUCAUCGCCCGGGAGGAGCAGUGUGCAGGGAACUACCGUAACGCCCACGACGUGCUGUUCAGCAUGUACACAGAGCUGCAGACACAGAGGAUCAAGAUCCCCGCAGAGAUGGGGACCAACCUCAUGGUCCUCCACUCCUACAUACUGGUCAAGAUCCACGUGAAGAGGGGGGACCACCUGAAGGGGGCGCGCAUGCUCAUCCGCGUCAGCAACAACAUCAGCAAGUUCCCCGCACACAUCGUCCCCAUCCUGACGUCGGCGGUCAUCGAGUGCCACCGCGCCGGCCUGAAGAACUCGGCCUUCAGCUUCGCCGCCAUGCUGAUGAGGCCCGAGUACCGCAACAAGAUCGACGCCAAGUACCGCAAGAAGCUGGAGGCCAUGGUCAGGCGUCCGGACACGUCAGAGGUGGAGGAGGAGGCGACGCCCUGCCCCUGCUGCGGAGCCCAGCUGCCCCAGAACGAGCUGAUGUGCGGCUCCUGCAAGAACAACCUGCCCUACUGCAUCGCCACGGGUCGUCACAUGCUCAAAGAGGACUGGGCUGUGUGUCCGCACUGUGAAUUCCCCGCGCUCUACUCCGAAUUCGUUCUGUUGUUGGAGACGGAGAGUGCGUGCCCCAUGUGCUCCGAGACGCUGACGGCCAGCCAGGUGAAGAAGAUCCCAGAUUGCUCCAGUUACUUACAGCCUCAGGAAGAGGAGCCAUGAAAACAAAAAGACGAACACAGCUGUGUACUCUAGCUGUUAAAGUCACUGAUCGGUUUUGUCUGGGUGUGUAUGUAUAUUGAAAACGUAGUUUUCCAGCCUCAGUAAUGAGGAUGGUGAAUAUUAUAUUCCGGAAAAGCAAUAACUUAUGUACAUAAUAAUUUGUAUCAUUUAAUUAAAAAGGAUUCUCUUGUUUUGAC